GCCAAUCUCCAAGAUCCCGCCAUUUUAGCGACGACGGAUUAGUCUUGAAUGAAUUAAAUAUCCAAGUUAUUCUUGAAUGACUCCAACAAACCUUAUAUACAUACCAUGCAAGUUUAUGAAGAUUUCCAGUUAAGAACUGACUGCUCAUGAACCUCGCCAACUCCUCACGCUUGAGACAAUUCAAUAGCCUCAUUUCGUUGUUGGGAUCAUGCAAAAGCAGCUCUGAUACGACUCAAAUUCAUAGUUUUAUGAUCAAAACUGGUAUAGACCGUGACCCUUUCGCUGUAAGCAAGCUUCUUGCUGCAUCUUCACUACAAGACCUGAACUACGCAGCCUCCAUAUUCAAGCACAUUCAAACUCCAAAUCUAUUUAUGUUCAAUACUCUUCUGAGAGGCCAUUCUAUUGGUAGUGAUCCCAAACAAACUCUUGGUGUUUUCAAGAAAUUGAGGGCCCAAGGCAUUGAUCUUGAUCAGUUCUCUUUCAUUGCAACUCUUAAAGCUUGCACCCGCGCGCUUGCUGUUAGUGCCGGUGAAGGGGUUCAUGGACUUGUUGUGACAUCUGGGUACUUGAUGUUCAUCAAUGUAAAGAACACCCUUUUGCAUUUUUACAGUGUAUGUGGCCAAAGCGAGCAUGCACGUAAGUUGUUCGAUGAAUUUCCUCAGUUAAAUGAUUCGGUCUCUUGGAACGCUUUGAUGGGUGCUUAUUUACAAGCAUCUCAGCCUGCCGCGACCCUUAAAUUGUUUAGGAAAUUUUGUAGGAGUUGCUUUAGAGUGAGUGAUGCCACAUUGUUGAUUGUUUUGGCUGCUUUUGCGGAUUUAGAAGAUUCGAAUGGAGGAGAGUCAAUGCAUGGGCAUUGCAUCACGAUCGGGUUUUCGUCCAAUCUCAAUGUGGUUACUGCUUUGAUUGAAAUGUAUGCCAAAACAGGACAUAUUCACUCAGGACGUAAAAUUUUCGAUGGUGUUGUUAACAAGGAUGUUGUUAUGUGGAAUUGCAUGAUCGAUAGAUAUGCAAAGGUAGGGCUCCCAGAACAGGCUGUAGCUCUUCUUCAUCUCAUGAAACAUGAAGGAGUAAAACCGAAUUCUUCGACACUGGCAGGGUUGCUUGCAGCUUGCUCUGCCUCCGGAUUGAUAAAAUUAGGCCGAUCUCUUAGUAAAUUCAUAGAAGAGGAGGAAUUGGAACUGAAUGCGGUUCUCGGAACAGCUUUGAUCGACAUGUUUUCUAAAUGUGGGUUUUUGAAUGAGGCUAUUCAAGUUUUUGAUAGGAUGGAAAGCAAAGAUGUAAAAUGUUGGACAGCAAUGAUUAUAGGGUACGCAGUUCAUGGGCAGGCAAGAAACGCCGUUAGUCUCUUGUAUAAAAUGGAGGACGAGGGAUUUAUACCCAAUGACGUUACUUUCUUGGGGGUUUUAAGUGGUUGCAGCCAUGGCGGAUUAGUGACAGAAGCAAUGGAAUGUUUUGAAAGGAUGGUUCAAGCAUAUGGUUAUUCACCAAAGAUUGAACAUUACGGAUGCGUGAUUGAUCUUCUAGGCCGUGCUGGCUUGCUAGAGGAAGCACAUGACCUUAUUCAAAGAUUGCCCAUUCGGAGCGAUGCUACUGCUUGGCGUGCAUUACUGGCAGCUUGCCGAGUUUAUGGUAAUGUUGAACUAGCAAAGAGAAUAUCAUUUGAAAUAGAUGAUCAACAUCCUGCUGAUUCAAUUCUUCUUUCUAAUACUUAUGCCAUUGUUGGGAGACUGCCGGUCAAUUACAUGUCGCAGCAAGGGGGCGAAGAAAGAAUCAGUGCAAACUAUGGAAAUAGAUCAGUUCUAGGGACCGGACGCAGCUCAAUUGAAAUUUUGUCAUAACUCGAUCAAACCUGACUAUAUUAUAAAUAACUGAAGUAAUAAAAUGAAUUAUGUA